AUGGAUGGAGGAAUCGAUAGAAGCUGGGGAACACACAUACAAACACACAUACAAACACACGUACACACACACGCACACACACACAUACGAAUGCAGACUGACAAUUACCGACACGAAAAAAGAAGGGAAUCGAUUGAGCACGCCAGCGACGUUCAGACAUUCGACGUACUUAGCGGUGAGUGCGUGACGAUUACUUCACUUUCGGACAGAAUGGCCGAUGCGAAAACAGGAAUUGAACGUGGCAGCAUGAAGACCGGAUUUAAGAGGGAAGAUGACAGCGAAAAGAGUAUUUCAAGUAAUGAAGAUUUCGAAAUUAUUGGCAGUCAAACGCGAAUAUUUGGACAUUCAGCUAGUGGUGAUGAGAAAUCGAAUGAUCCAUUUAUUGAUUUAUUUAAAAAACACGUCGUGAAACGACGUGUGCCAAUAUUAUCCUACGGCUUGCAACAAAAACGAGCAAUGGAAUCAGCGAUAUUAACAUGCGGUUCAGAGAUCAAUAAUAAAGAGGAGAAUACUUUUGACGAAAAUGAACAUGGAAAUGAGACAUUGGCCGAAACAGUUGCCAAACAACAGCAAAUAAUUGAGAAAUUGAAAAAUCAGCUCAAGAGCUGUGCAUCACUAAAUGUCCAUACUCUACCUAUUCGUAUUGAAGAAGAAAGAGCUACUGCGUUCGAGAGGAAAGAUGGUUUCAAUUAUUUUUUCGUGGUUGUGGACUGGAAGAGAAAUAAUGAAGGGAUUGCACGGCAACAUCUUCAUCUGGCAUUCAAACAAAGCAAUUCCAGUAUCUAUGUUUACGAUCAUGGUCCACUGUCUGGAAGAUAUUUCACCGUCGGCGAUCGAAUAAUCGAUAUUGACGGAAUUGCAUUUGUCAGAGCUGCUGAUUUAAGAGAUCAGAUUCUGUGGUCGCAUCAUAACAAAGAUCAUUUUACCAGUAUCAUCGAACGCCCUGCAACGGAACAAGCAGCACGUAUCGUAUCAACGCUUUUGCAGCCGUCCGUGUCCUCAUUUUCCGUGGUACUGUCAGUUUGAGCAAUUUCUUUGAUUGUUCAGCAUUAAAUAGGAAUUUUAUGGCAGUGGCGCAUAAUUUAUUCCCCUCCCCCUAUUUAUGUGCAUUCAUGAAGAGUCACGAAGGUACUUCAAGAUAUCG